CCAGAGGUCUUCGGGCUGGCGGUGGGGAGCCUCUCUACCCCCGCCUGGGCUGGAAAGCCUCUCCGUUGCAGCCUCUGUGGCUUUAAGAGGGAGGGAAGGCCCGGUCGGGAGGAGCGGCCACCGUCCCGCAGCGGCCGCUUUGGGCGGAGAGAGGCGAAGGAGGAAGCGCCCGCCCGCCGCCUGCCCAGCUCCUCACACGCACCCGCCAGCACUCGCCCCAGCCUCCGAGCCCCGCCACCGCCACCACCAUGGUGAAGAUCGUGACCGUCAAAACCAAGCCCUACACCGACCAGAAGCCCGGCACCAGCGGCCUCCGCAAGCGGGUCAAGGUGUUCCAAGGCAAUGCCAACUACGCGGAGAAUUUCAUCCAGAGCAUUAUCUCCACCAUUGACCCGGCCCAGCGGCAGGAGACCACGCUGGUGGUGGGGGGCGACGGCCGCUUUUACAUGAAGGAGGCGAUCCAGCUCAUCCUCCGCAUCGCGGCCGCCAACGGGAUUGGCCGCUUAGUAAUUGGGCAGAAUGGAAUUCUUUCAACCCCAGCAGUAUCCUGCAUUAUUAGGAAAAUCAAAGCAAUUGGUGGAAUCAUCUUGACAGCAAGUCACAAUCCUGGCGGGCCUAAUGGAGAUUUUGGUAUUAAAUACAAUAUUUCAAAUGGAGGACCUGCUCCUGAAGGAAUUACUGACAAAAUUUUCCAGAUCAGCAAGACUAUUGAAGAGUAUGCAAUAUGUCCAGAUUUAAAUGUAGAUCUCGGCACCAUUGGGAAACAGCAGUUUGACUUGGAGAACAAGUUUAAACCCUUUACAGUUGAAAUUGUGGAUUCAGUGGAAGCUUACGCCAACAUGUUAAGGAAUAUUUUUGAUUUUAGUGCAUUAAAAGAGUUACUCUCUGGUUCAAAGCAUCUGAAGAUUCGGAUAGAUGCCAUGCAUGGAGUUGUUGGCCCUUACGUUAAAAAGAUCCUCUGUGAAGAACUUGGUGCACCAGCAAAUUCAGCUGUGAACUGUGUACCUCUUGAGGACUUUGGUGGCCACCAUCCUGAUCCAAACUUGACCUACGCUGCUGACCUGGUCCAGACCAUGAAGACAGGAGAAUAUGAUUUUGGAGCAGCCUUCGAUGGAGAUGGGGAUCGCAACAUGAUUCUUGGAAAGCAUGGAUUCUUUGUCAACCCUUCUGACUCUGUAGCAGUUAUUGCUGCAAACAUUUUCAGUAUUCCUUACUUUCAACAAACAGGAGUUCGAGGUUUUGCCCGAAGCAUGCCGACAAGUGGAGCCAUUGACAGGGUGGCCAAAGCUACAAAGAUUGCUUUAUAUGAGACUCCAACAGGUUGGAAAUUCUUUGGAAAUCUCAUGGAUGCAAACAAGCUGUCUCUAUGUGGAGAGGAGAGUUUUGGUACAGGAUCUGAUCAUAUUCGUGAAAAGGAUGGACUCUGGGCUGUUUUAGCUUGGCUCUCAAUCAUAGCAGUCCGCAAACAGAGCGUGGAGGAGAUCUUGAAGGAUCACUGGCAAAAAUAUGGGCGCAACUUUUUCACCAGAUAUGACUAUGAAGAAGUGGAUGCUGAUGGUGCUAACAAGAUGAUGAAGGAUCUGGAAACGAUGUUCUUUGACCGUUCUUUUGUGGGGAAGCAGCUCUCAGCAGGUGACAAAUCAUACACUGUGGAAAAAGCUGAUAAUUUUGAAUACAGUGAUCCUGUAGAUGGAAGCAUAUCAAGAAACCAGGGUCUGAGGCUCAUCUUCACUGAUGGUUCUCGUAUCAUCUUCAGACUAAGUGGCACAGGAAGCGCUGGAGCAACUGUGCGCCUCUAUAUUGAUAGCUAUGAAAAAGAUGCACCAAAAAUAUAUGAGGAUCCACAGGUCAUGUUGGCUCCUCUCAUCAACAUUGCACUGAAGCUUUCCCAGCUUCACGAGAGAACUGGGCGCACUGGCCCCACUGUUAUCACAUAAAGAGAAAACUGGAAACCAUUUGGAUACAUGCCAUUGUGUGAUGUCCCUUGCCAAUUGGAAUCAACCCAUCUUCCUUGCUGUUGUCAGAUUUAUUCCUAAAAAUGCUAACCAUGUAUUCAAAAAGCACUGUCAAAUGUUCAAAGCAUAGAUGUGAUAUAUUUAAGAGUUUACACUAUGUGUAUGCUGAUAUACAUUGUCUCUUUAAUGUCAUCUGGUACCUUUCUAAUUUGUGCAUAAUACCUUUUUUUUUUUUUGCCUUUUGGUUCACCAUUGAUUCAAAAGAUGUCUGUAAAAGCAGCAGCAACAACAUAAGGAGGAGAUCAUAACGUUACUGUUUCUCAGGAGCUCCUCUGAAUUGCCUCUGCACAAAGUUGUUUUUCCCCUUUUGGCAAUGUGCUGAUAUAUCCUUUUAAGUUUUGUGCCACAAAUGUACAAUCACUGUGAAUGAUAAUCAAUCUCCACUCCCUGUGGAAUGUUUUGGUUCCAAAGGAAAGAAACAAGAUCUGUAACCUGAACUCUGUGUCACAAUUCAGUCUUGGACAAAGAUUCCACUGCCAUUCAUGCACAGAGGUCACUACUAAUGCAAGCAUUAAUAAGACAUUAAAGUGAAAUAAAUCAGUAUCUUUGUCA